AGUUGAUCGCUGGUGGAUACUGCUUUAGCCCAGUGAAGUGCGUUUCCUGCUAUACUAUACUUUCUAUACGGCAAAGACAACGACAUCAUAGAAAGAAGUUGCCUUCGUUUAAACGCCGAAAUGGGUGGGGUUAUACAGGCAGCCGCGUUGCUCCAAGGAGGGCUUGACAUAUCCACACUUCUCGUGUUUGUCAUCGUGUUUUGCCUUGGAAUAUGGCUGCUAAGAUCUUACACGGAGCCUAGGGUGAACUGGCCCCCGGGACCCCGCCCUCUCCCCAUCAUUGGGAACCUUAAUAAGCUGGGUAAACCCCGCCAAGUGGACGACCUGUACCUGCUGUUUGAUCAGUACGGUGACAUAGUACACUUAAAGCUUGGGCAGGUGCACGCCGUGGCACUGGGCACUUAUGACGUCAUCUUUGAGGCGCUUGUCACCAAGAGCCACGCCUUCAGUGACAGACUAAUAAAAAUACUAGUACUGCCUGGGUUAGUGGAAGAAGACGGUGCCGGAAUUGUACGCAAGAACGGUCAUGCGUGGAAAGAGCUUCGAAGGAUGGCCAUUUCGACCCUCAGAGAUUUUGGCAUGGGGAAGACUUCCCUAGAGGCAAAAAUCCGCGAAGAAGCCAGAUGCUUGGUUCAGGGGAUAGAAGCCAAGGACGGGAAACCGUUUGAUCCAAAGUUAUUGAUCACACACACUGUCAAUAACAUUAUAUCAACUAUUGUAUUUGGAUCAAGGCAUGAAAUCGACGACCCUUUUUUCUCCACAAUGCAGCAAAAGUUGGAAGAGUUGUUUCGCACUUUUGGGUUGGGUUUAACAACCUUUUUACCAUGGGCCGAAAUAUUUAUGCCAAGCACUGAGAAUUACAAAAAGCUGCGUGUCGAGAAGAUGAAAGAGCUGACCGAAAUGAUCAAAACAGAAGUCGAGGAACACAGGAAGACAUUCGACCCUGAAAAUAUAAGGGAUUUUAUCGACUGUUAUCUCAAAACGCUACAGGAGGAAAAGGAUUUAGACGUCUUUACAGAAAAAAACGUCUUCUUCGUGAUAGUGGACCUGUACCUGGCUGGAACAGAAACCACUGCCAGCGCCCUGCAGUGGGGUGUCGUUCACAUGAUGCAUCACCCUGAUGUUCAACAGAAGGUCCAGGCCGAGAUUGACAGGGUUAUCGGUCGUGAGAAAGUCCCUUGCUAUGAAGAUCGCCACAAGAUGCCGUACACAGAAGCUACAGUGCUGGAAAUUAUGAGACGCUCCCCUGUUGCACCCAACAGCCUCGCACAUGCUACAAGUGAGACUGUAGAGCUACGUGGAUAUACCAUCCCUGCCAACACACUGGUCAUACCGGAUAUAGGGCGAGUCCUUAGGAGCCCCAGCUACUGGGAAGAUCCGUUGGAAUUCAGACCGGAACGAUGGCUGGACAAAACCGGGAAGGUUUUGAAGAAUGACAAAUAUAUACCGUUUUCAAUCGGGCCACGUGUGUGCCCAGGGAAAAAUUUAGCAGAAAUUGAAGACUUCAUUUUCUUUACUACGAUGCUACAACAUUUUACAUUCCAAAAUGUCCCCGGUCAGGAGUUACCGGAUGUCACCAAAGGACCGUUUCACGUGACCUUUGAACCGUACCCUUUUCAGGUGCGCGCAGUUCGGCGAUAAGAUUGUAAAGGAGGUACAACCGGAGUCAUCCGCAGGACUGGGGGCCGUAUCUGGUCCCGUGGCACUGUAACUUUCAGUUGAGAUAAUUAAUUAAGAAGAGACGAAAAGUUUGGCCAAAAUUCAUCUAAUGUAGACCUCCUAAUUUGGCCUGUUUAUUAAAAGCAAUGUUUAAAGAACGAAACGUCUUAAUAACUAUCUGGAACUAAACCAGAUACCGACAACUUGUACAUGUAUCUACAUUAUUUACUUGCGGAAAUAACUUUUAAAUUAAAGUUCCUUUCUCUAGAUCGGAGGAUCAACAAAUGGACGUUUGAGUCGAUCAUUUUAAUUGAUCAUUGACUUAUAAAAGAAUAGUCUAUGGCACUUUACUAACUCACCAGAGGGAUCUGGCAACGGUGCACAUUGUUGAUAUAAAUACUGUUCAUUAUACAUGGAGGUGACACCGUAAAACUUAUCAAUAGUUACUUUUCAAUUUAGUUUAUAUUGUAUGAGGCACAAUUCCCUAGCGCAAUGACUAAACCUUGUAAAAGCUUUACAAGUGCACGGAUGGGUAAAUUCUCAAAGAAUCUCUUAAUGAAAUUUUAUCAAUUUCAC